ACAAUCAUGUGGCUAUUAAAUGUUAAUGCUCAUCUCAACGGUGUCGUUUUCGAGGUAACACUAACCGAAAGGAACAAACUUUUUUUUUUUAUUGGCAGUAUUAUGUAUUUAAGUCAUUAAUGGACCCCAUCCAACACUAUUUCCUUGCAGUUUCCGUCGCCUUUAAGAUGUUAGCCUCCAUAUUCUUAUCAAAUCCUUUUUUUUUAACUUUACCUUCUUCACACAUCUAAACCUCCUCCCUUCUUAGCCAUGAAGUCAGACUGUGAAACACAGCGCAAAAGGAGGAACAAGCAAGAAGAAGAAGAUGAUCAUGGAUUAAUGGAAAGCCUACCUCAUGAAAUUAUCCUGGACAUACUUUCAAGGCUUCCCUUUUCAUCUCAGGUGCAAUUCAAUUAUGUAUGCAAAGCUUGGCGCAAGUUGGCACGACAUCCUAACCUUCUUGACCUGCAAAACUCACACAAAGCAGCAGACAACAACAACAACAAUCUAUGCCUCAUCUUUCACUGUGACUAUCCAAUCAAAAACUAUCUCUACUUCGUGGAUUUCCCUUCUGAAUAUCACAGCAGCAACGAUAAAGUCACAGUAGUGAAAAGGAUCCACAUACCAUUCUGUUCUUCAAUGCCUGAUUUUGUCAUGGUAGGCUCAUGCAAUGGUAUGCUAUGCUUAUCUGAUUUCUUGUUCAACAAUUCUCUCUAUGUAUACAAUCCCUUCCUAAGGGAUUACAUAGAACUGCCUAAAUCUAUUCAGUACCCAAAUCAAGAGGUGGUAUAUGGAUUUGGUUUCCACCCAGAAACCAAGGAAUACAAGGUUGUGAAGAUCAUCUACUACAGGAAAGGAAACAGGAGCCAACCCAUUCGCCAUAGAUACACAGUUCCACCAUCAGAUGUUCAGACAUUCACUUUGGGAAGCCCAAAAUGGAGAAGUUUGGGAAAAGUUUAUCACUACCUUGCUCAGUGUCCUGAGCAGGUGUUAGUUAAUGGAAGACUUCAUUGGCUUACUUUGCCUCGAAGGUACCGCCGAGGCCGUGGUCUUGUCUCCUUCGACCUUGCCGAUGAGCAAUUCAGGGAGGUCCAAAAACCGGGUGAUGAUGGUUUGAAGAGGUCUUAUUAUCAUCUGGUUGUUCUGAGAGGUUGUUUGGCUGCUGUUUUCUUUUGCAGUCAUGGGAAAUUGGAGAUAUGGAUCAUGAAGGAAUAUGGUGUGAAAGAAUCAUGGGUUAAGGAAUUCAGCAUGCCAAGCCAAAUUCCUAAACCACCAAAACUAGAAGUGAACCAAUCAUUCAGGAUUUCUAACCUUGCAGGAAAUGGAAAAUUUCGUGUUUUAUGCCUCUUGAGAAAUGAUGAGAUUUUGUUGGAGUACAAAAGCAGAAUUCUUGUUGUUUAUGAUCCAGAGAGCGGAAAGUUUAAGGAGCUUAUGUUUCAGGGUUUGCCUAAAUGGUUUCAGAGUAAUGUUCAUGUAGGCAACCUUAAUCGGAUCGACAGCAUCAUUGGUUUGUAAACUGUAAAAACUUUGUCAACUCUAUCUGUAUUUUGCUUCUUUCACGGUAAGUUUUUUUUUUUUUUUUUUUUUUCCUUGUAAUUCUUGCAUUGUCUUUUCCAUUGGUUAUGCAUCACUGCUUUCUGUCUUGGGUUGUGUAACUAUGAACUUGUAUAAUCAAUGAAUUAAAAGUAGAAAUGGGAAUUUAAAACA